AUGAUAUCUCUUGGGAGGUUGGACCGUUAUAUGAUGAGUAGGGAAUUGGUGGAGGAUGCGACGAAGAGAGACGAGGGCUGUGAUAGUAGAACUGCUGUGGAGGUUAAAAAUGGCCCAUUUAGCUGCGCUGAUGAAAGCAAAGAAGAGGAUUUGAAACACAUAAAUUUGAAUGUCAAUAAAGGGGAGCUAACGGCUAUUGUAGGGAUAGUGGGAUCUGGAAAGUCUUCCCUUCUAGCUUUAAUUCUUGGUGAGAUGCACAAGUUAUCCUUAAAGGUACGAGUUUGUGGAACAACUGCCUAUGUUGCUCAAACAUCAUGGAUUCAAAAUGGGACUACUGAAGAAAAUAUAUUAUUUGGUUUGCCAAUGGACAGAGAUAGAUACCAGGAAGUUGUCAGGGUUUGCUGCUUGGAGAAGGACUUGGAAAUGAUGGAGUUUGGAGAUCAAACUGAGAUAGGAGAGCGUGGCAUCAACCUAAGUGGUGGCCAGAAACAGAGGAUACAACUCGCUAGGGUUGUAUAUCAAAAUUGUGACAUAUAUCUUCUCGAUGACGUUUUCAGUGCUAUUGAUGCUCACACUUUAUCAGAAAUAUUUAAGUCUAAAUGUGCUAAGAUAGUAUAA